AUGUGGUCCGCCAUUGAUGCUUUGGACGACUCAAACUCGAAGUCGACGAAUGAUGUUUCGGAAUCAGUAGAAUGUUGUGAAGAAGAUGAGUUAUCCGACGUAGAAUCACUGAGAAAAUUGGUGAAAAUGGAGAGGCAAAGGGCCAAUGUGGCUUGUAGGGAGCUUGAGAAGGAAAGAACGGCAGCGGAAUCGGCAGCGGAAGGGGCCAUGGCCUUGAUUUUGAGGCUGCAAAAUGAGAAAAAGUUCAGCAGAAAUGGAUGCCAAUCGAUUCCGGAGAAUGACCAGAAACAGGAGCGUGAUGAGAAGUGA